CUGUGGUGGGAGAGAGGGUAAAGGGAAAGGCUGGUGGGCAGAGCUGCGAGGAGCCCCUCCGGCCGGGCUCUGCGGGCAGCCUGACGGUGUGUGGAGGAAACCCGCGCAGGGAAGCCCAGACUCUACAUUUUGGUCAUAGUCUCAGAGUUCUCGAACGGGGAGGUCAUAAUUUCUGUGGAGAGGCUGCGGCGUCUCCAUUUCGUUGUGGUACCUUGGGAUUCUGAGCACAGAUUCCAAGGAUCACCCAGUGUCUGUGAGAUAUUGAUCGCCUUACGUUGUGACAGCAUCACUCUUUAAGAAACAGAAAAUGAAUGAAAAUAAAGAUUUUGAUUCAAAAGAAAGUGAAGAAUAUGAAGAUGACUUUGAAAAGGACCUGGAGUGGUUAAUUAAUGAAAAAGAAAAAAGUGAUGUCAGCAUAAUAGAGAUGGCUUAUGAGAAGGAAGAAAAUGUUAUCCAAGAAUUAAAAAAGAAUGAAACAGAAAUAGAACACACUGAACAGGCUUCUGAUUAUGACAAAUCUUUGAAGGCUGAAGCUUCACUAAGAAGAAAUGACUUCAUUUCUGUACCAAGUAGUCAACCUUUAGAUCCAAUAUCAGAUACAGAUAGUGAAAACUCUUUCCAAGAAUCCAAAUUAGAAAGCCAGAAAGAUCUGGAGGAGGAAGAGGAUGAGGAAGUAAGGAGAUAUAUAAUGGAGAAAAUUAUACAAGCUAACAAAAUUCUACAGAGUCAACCUGUGAAUGAUAAAAGGGAGAGAAAACUUAAGUUCAAAGACAAAUUAGUUGAUCUGGAAGUUCCCCCACUGGAAGAAACUGAUAAUUACAAAAAUUAUUUUGAAAAUGAAAGUAAUAUGUAUGGAAAACUAUCACAGUUAUGUAUUUCCAGUGAACUUGGACAAGAAAAUGUGCUCUUGUCAAUUACUGAUGGAAGCUGUGAAGAAAACAAGGAUAGGAAGAUACUGGUAGAGAGAGAUGGAAAAUUUGAACUUCUGAAUUUACAAGACAUUGAGAGUCAGGGAUUUUUGCCCCCCAUUAAUAAUGUUAUGAAUACAGACAAUGAACCUCAGCAGUUGUCACUCAGAUCCUCCAACUCAUCUGUCAGUGGUGCCAAGAAAGAAGAGUCUCCAGUGGCCAGUCAUGCUAUCACUCACUCAUCAGCAGGAGAGCCAGUAGCUUAUAUCCCUCAGCCACUACCCAACCCCAACACUCGCCCAGGCUCUGUUGCCUACUCAGAUCGCAGUAAAGGGAGUUGGAGAUCUAAUAACAGGACACAGUCUGCAAAUAUAUCUCCAGUGACCUCAACAUACUGUCUUUCCCCUCGACAGAAAGAACUGCAAAAACAGCUGGAACAAAAGCGAGAAAAGCUAAGGAGAGAGGAAGAACAACGGAAAAUAGAAGAAGAGAAAGAAAGGAAAAAAGAGAAUGAUGUAGUAUUUAAAGCAUGGUUGCAAAAGAAAAGAGAGCAGGUUCUAGAAAUGAGGAGAAUUCAACGAGCAAAACAAAUUGAAGACAUGAACAGUAGAAUGUGCCACUUAAUACUAUCAACAGUGUUUGAGAGUUCCUGCACCUGCACCCUCAUUAAGAAGUGUCCUUUCAAAUGUUUUUGUAUCUUUACCAAUCCGCAGGAGAACAGAGAUCCACAACAAGCUUUUCGGCUAUGGCUUAAAAAAAAACAUGAAGAGCAGAUGAAAGAAAGAAAGACAGAAGAGCUGAGAAAGCAAGAGGAAUGCUUAUUCUUUCUUAAAGGAACAGAAGGCCGUGAGAAGGCCUUUAAACAAUGGCUAAGAAGGAAACGGAUAGAAAAAAUAGCAGAGCAACAAGCAGUCAAAGAAAGAACUAGACAGCUCCGCCUAGAAGCAAAGCGUUCUAGACAAUUACAGAACCACCUGUAUAGUAUGUCAGAAGCCAAAUCUUUUCGUUUUACUGAUCAUUACAACUGAAGGUAUCUAUCUAUGAAACAGUUCAUGUGGCAGCUGCUAUCAUCAGGAUUUUGUAUAUCAUUUCUUAUGGCCUAAGUGCUUUGGUCAUACUCUAAAUUAUGGAAAUGAUAUUUAUCUUUUGGUGUUGACAGUGAAUUUAUGGCUUUUAAGAAACUCUAGAACAAAAAAAUAAACAUGUCAUUUUACAGUG